AGCUCAUUCUAUGAGCACUUGUAUUGGGUUCAUUAGCUUAGUAGAAAGAAAAAUCAGUGCAUGUGAAUACAUUUUAUUUUUCAUCUGUAAUCUGCCAACAGCAUGAUUGGUCUACUUACAUUUUUUCUUUUGCAUUUGACAUAAUCUAUAUUUUCUGUAGUUAUUCCAGGCGAGCGAUAUAAAGCAUCUGUACAACACAGCUGACAGCUGGAUACAUUUUCACACAUAACUUUACAUUUUGCAAUCAUGGAUGUGGGUAAUUAUGCAUCACAGGGUUAAUGUAGGCAUUUGGAGAUGUAAUAGUUGAAAUAUAUUUUUAUUUCCAAAGGAUGCCCAAGAACAAUUUUAAGAAGGAAUAUCUUAUUUUAUUUUUCAAGAAUUGGAUCGUAUGUUUGCAGUCAUUCCAGCAAUAAUAUUUAAGGGGGAUUAAUCGCAUGGUUUAAAAAUAUGAGCAUGUUUUGUAAGUAUUAAUUGUACCAAGGAAUACUUCUAUGCAAUGGAAAGACAUUUCAGCAUCAUAACAAUCAAUACAUUUCAAAUCAAUUGUUAAAAACAGAGUCAGAAUAAUGUUUCUUAGGAAAAUCUCUGGGAUAUUCCCAACUGGGUUUGGACUUCGUCUUUCUCAGAAAUUUGUAUUUUUAUUAUUUUUAUCUGGAUUCAUUACACUUUGCUUUGGAACAUUGUUCCUCCUACCAGACACAUCCAAAUUUAGAAGAAUAUUUUUAUCAGGUUCACAGAGCCAGAAUGUAGAAAAAUUACACAGUUAUGCUCCUAAGAAAGUGAACAAGAAAGCAGUGGAAUACCAAAAGUCUUUGUUGCGGAGUGCACACCAUGAAAAGUGGAAAUCCAAAGGCAAAUAUCAAGUGGAACUUAAUUCGUUAGGAUAUGAAGGCAACAGUAUUGAAAAUGCAUACAGUGACAAACAAAAAGCAGAUCAUUUUCAGAAAAAAGAACACGCUAAUAUGAAAAUAAAGGAAAUUGUGGUACCUACUCACGAGAACAAAAUACCUGAAUUUCAGUAUAAUUAUAGAGCUUUCCAAAAAACGCUUACAUAUCCACCAUUGGGCAACACAAGUGAAUCAAAUGAUUCUGAACUUCAGGAAAAAAGGAAGAAAGUGAAAGAGAUGAUGAGGUUUGCAUGGUAUAGUUACAAGCAAUAUGCUUGGGGAGAGAAUGAACUGCGCCCACUCACUAAAGAUGGACAUUUUGGGAGUCUGUUUGGAGGACUUAAAGGAGCGACUAUAGUAGAUGCCUUGGACACACUUUAUAUCAUGGAUUUGAAGGAGGAAUUUGAGGAUGCUGAGAUAUGGAUAACGAACAGUCUGGAUUUGAAUGUGAAUGGAGAGGCUUCUUUGUUUGAAGUAAACAUCCGGUACAUAGGAGGAUUACUCUCAGCCUACUUUCUUUCAGGAAAAGAGGUUUUCAGGGAAAAAGCUAUUGGUCUUGGACAGAAAUUGUUACCAGCAUUCAGCACCCCUACAGGAAUUCCGCGUGGGAUCAUCAACCUUGGAAAUGGACUUAACUGGAGUUGGGGCUGGGCCUCUGCAGGAAGCAGUAUUUUAGCUGAAUUUGGCACUUUGCACUUGGAAUUUUUGCAGCUCAGUGAGUUGUCUGGGGACACAGUGUUUACAGAAAAGGUUAAUACCAUUCGGAAAAUAUUAAAUAAAAUUGAGAAGCCUCAUGGACUCUACCCUAACUACUUCAGUCCAGUCAGUGGUAACUGGGUGCAACAUCAUGUGUCACUUGGAGGGCUUGGUGACAGCUUCUAUGAAUACUUAAUCAAAUCUUGGCUGAUGUCAGCAAAACGAGAUGAUGAAGCUAAGGACAUGUAUUAUGAAGCUGUAAAAGCAAUAGAAAUGCAUCUUAUCAAAAGGUCUCCUGGAGGUCUGACGUACAUUGCUGAGUGGAGAGGAGGCAUUCUGGACCACAAAAUGGGUCAUCUAACCUGUUUUGCGGCAGGCAUGUUGGCUCUUGGAGCACACGAUGCACCAGCAAAUAAGAAAGAUCAUUAUAUGAAAUUAGCGUCAGAGAUUGCCCGUACAUGCCAUGAAUCUUAUGUACGUACAGAGACCAAACUUGGACCUGAAGUAUUUAGGUUUGACUCUGGAGCAGAAGCCACAUCAACUCGGUUAAGUGAAAGAUAUUACCUUUUACGUCCAGAAGUGGUGGAAAGUUAUGUGUACUUGUGGAGAUUGACACAUGACCCCAAAUACAGAGAAUGGGGCUGGGAAAUUGUACAGGCUCUGGAUAAGUAUUGCCGGACUGAGAGUGGAUUUUCUGGGAUUAGAGAUGUUUACACUACAAAACCAAACCAUGAUAAUGUUCAACAAAGUUUUUUCAUGUCAGAAACAUUAAAAUACCUCUAUUUGUUGUUUUCAGAUGAUGACUUGUUAUCAUUAGAAGACUGGGUAUUUAAUACUGAAGCACAUCCGCUGCCAAUAACCCGUCAGAAAUCAGUUUGAAGCACAAGAGAACUAUCCACAUCUACUUAGUGUUUUUAUCUAAAGUUGAAAUUUUCAUACAAAAUAAAAUAUAUUUUAUGAGAUAAUUUGGGAUAACAAUAAUUAAAUAAGAUAGAAACAGUCACAACAUUUUUGAUUUGUUAAAUCCAGCACUAAAAUAAAUGGUGGCCUUUUGCAGAAGAUAUCUGCCAUUAGUUUUUUUUUUAAUGAAACAAAUAACGAAUACAAAAGAGCUAACAUAUGUCUUAGUUGUUGUCUAUUUGGCUUAUCCUUGCUAGUGCAUCAUUUAAUCAUAAAUUUGUUAACUGCAUGUAACAUGUUUAUUUUGCCCUGCAUUAUGCCUUUAGUGUAUUUUACAAUUUCUUCAUUAGAUACAGCUUAAUACAUUAAAUUCAAAAAUUAAUAUACUAAAUGCAAGAUGCUCUUUAGUAAACAGUAUUACUAAAGUUAUUAUUACACAAUUUUUUUCAUUUUGCGUUUUCUUUCAAAAAGCACAUAUAAUAAAGUGUAAGUGCUUACGAUGUAUGCAAAAUAACAAGUACAUUUUUUAAUGGUGCUUCUGAAAGCAUAAAAGACAUACAGGGUUACUAACAAAAGUGAGCAAUACCGGGACUUCAAAAUGGCACAGAUUUAAGGCAAAACUAGUAAAAUUAAAAACAGGAUUGACUUGGGGAAUUUUCUCUUAUUUAGAUAUUUUGGCCCAAGUUCACUUUUAAUUCACUUUGAAUUCUUAGCAGUUCUCCCUUUAGUGAAUAACCCCGGGAUAUGCAUCCCGUUUUAAGGAUGUCAGUUGAAUCAGUUAUUAAUAGCACCAUACAGUUUCCCUAUCAAAGCCCUACUCAGAUUUUUAUUUUUAUUAUUUCUCUACAAAGUGUUGCUUAAAAGACACAUUUACUUUACUGACUUAAGAGCUUCGGUAGAAACCGUGGAAACUGGAGUGGUGUCCACACAUACAGAGAAUAUUCUCCAGCUUAGCAUAUCUCCAGCACAAUAAGUAUUCUUUAAAAGGAACCUUGUACAGAAUGAUCUUGACACCUUUAGGACAUUUUAAGAAAGUGUCCCUAGAUAAUUAAUUUGAUUUAUGAAUGCCAUUAGAUUAUGUGAUACAUGUGUU